GAACAUGUAAUGUUAAUGUUAUAUUCGUUUAGCUGCGGGUUGCAUCUAGAAGAUAGAAGAAAUCAAAGUGGCUGGUGUAGCGCUGUGCUCCUCACUGCAGGCAUAAUGUCCACUACAUUCAUUCCGCGCUUUUAGUUUGAAAGUCCACCCGGAAGUCGUCGGUGUAACAGCUGUAACUUGGUGACCGUGCGCUCUGCUCCGGGACCGCGCUGCUUUGUGAGGAGGCUGAGAGCUCCAGUCAGAGUCCCAGCAGCGGAGCCGAGCUCAGGGCGCCAGGAUGAGGCUGUGAAUCUUUCCCCGCAGCUCCAGGACUUUCCUCUCACAUCCCAACUCUUUGUCCCGCAGAGAGCGAGCUUUUCCACCGGCCUUUCUCUAAAAACUACCGGCGGACGGGGGCUGCUUGCCACUCGCAGCCGCUUCCCAUCACCUGCGCGUUGCUUUUGUGCGGCGCGGACCGAGACGGGGACUUUGGAAAGCGGUGAGCGGCAGAGGAAAAGUUGGCCCGCGGGAUGUCUGGACUUCGGCGUUCAUCCUGCAGCGCCUAGGAUGCUGCCUGAGGAGUUUGAUGCUGCGUGCGCAGGUUUCUUCUCCACAUAGACUGGAGCGCAUCGGUACUCCUUUAGGAUCGGCUCUCUGCUGCCGCUGCUGCCGCUGCAGAACGGCCGUGUGCGCGUCCCCCGGUGCGCCCGCUCCGCUCCGCGCUGCUCCGCUCUGAGGACGGCCAGCAGCUCUGUCCACCUAUGAAGAAUCUCAGCCCACAAUGGAGAGCAGCCUGAUUCUGGUUCCUGUACUCCUUCUGUUUGCUCUGGAAACUUUGGCAUCUGGAUCUCGUCCCAGGUUAGAGGAUGCUGCUCCUCGGAUCAUCGAGCAUCCGUCUGAUUUAAUCGUGUCCAAGGGAGAACCAGCCACACUCAACUGUAAGGCCGAGGGGCGGCCCACGCCCACAGUAGAGUGGUACAAAGAUGGCGAGCGGGUGGAGACGGAUCGGGAGGACCCUCGAUCCCACCGCAUGCUGCUGCCCAGCGGCUCCCUCUUCUUCCUCAGAAUUGUGCACGGAAGGAGGAGCAAACCCGACGAAGGCGUUUAUGUGUGUUUGGCACGCAACUACCUGGGCGAGGCCAUCAGUCGCAACGCAUCGCUGGAGGUGGCCAUUCUGAGAGAUGACUUCCGUCAGACGCCUAGUGAUGUGGUGGUAGCAGCAGGUGAGCCCGCUGUCAUGGAGUGUAUUCCCCCCAGAGGCCAUCCUGAACCCACCAUCUCCUGGAAGAGAAACAACAUCCGAGUCAAUGAUCGAGAUGAAAGGAUUACUAUGCGAGGAGGAAAGCUGAUGAUUUCAAACACCAGAAAGAGUGAUGCUGGCAUGUAUGUUUGUGUGGGAACAAACAUGGUUGGCGAGAAAGACAGUGAUCCAGCUGAACUAGUCGUAUUUGAGAGGCCCGUCUUCACCAAACAACCUGUGAACCAGGUCGUGUUGGCAGAUGAUACGGUGGAGUUCUUCUGCGAGGUACAUGGAGAUCCCCCUCCCACUGUCCGCUGGCGGAGGGAAGAGGGAGAGUUGCCCCGGGCCAGAUUCGAGAUCCGCAGCGACAACAGCCUGCGUCUGAGCCAGGUGCGAGCCGAGGAUGAGGGCACCUAUACCUGCGUGUCAGAGAACAGCGUGGGCAAAGCCGAGGCCUCAGGAACCCUCCAGGUGCAUGUCGGCCUCUCAUUGCCUCCUCAGAUCGUCGUCCGGCCACGCGACCAAAUCACAGCUCCGGGUCGGACCGUAACCUUCCUCUGCGGUACCAAGGGAAACCCUCCACCUGCAGUCUUCUGGCAAAAAGAAGGCAGCCAGAUCCUGCUGUUCCCCAUCCAAGAGCCUUCUCAGUCAAGUCGUUUCUCUGUGUCUCUGAGCGGUGAGCUCACCAUCACUGAUGUGCAAGUUGAAGACUCUGGCUACUACAUCUGCCAGGCCAUCAGUGUGGCUGGCAGCAUCCUGACUAAAGCCCUGCUGGAGGUGGAGAGUGCACCCUCAGACAGGGUCCCUCCCAUUAUCCGCCAGGGGCCAGGCAAUCAUACCCUAGCCCCUGGUUCCACUGCUCAGCUGCACUGCCACGUCAUGGGCAACCCCAUCCCUAGCAUUCAAUGGGAGAAGGAUGGGCAGAGGAUUCUGGGAAACGACGGUCGAAUAACCCUGAUCGAAAAUGGCACCUUUCAAAUUACCCGCCUCCAGGAAACGGAUGCUGGAGUUUACACCUGCCUGGCUUCCAGCUCCAGUGGAGAGACGAGUUGGAGUGGAGUGCUCACAGUCAAAGAGAGCGCCGACCCGCUGGUCGCUCAGGCCACAGAGCCCUUCCAGCUGCCGGGCCCGCCCCACAAACCCAUCGUCACAGACGUGUCCAAGAACAGCGUCUCUCUAACCUGGCAGCCCAACGUUCAUGAGGGCGGAGCCGCAGUCACGUCCUACAUCAUCGAGGCCUUCAGCCAAUCAGCAGGCAGCACAUGGCAGACGGUGGCAGACAUGGUGAAGAUGGAAACACACACAAUCACAGGCCUUCUUCCCAACACUGUGUACCUGUUCAUCGUCCGAGCGGUCAACGCGUACGGCCUGAGCGACCCCAGCCCCAUCUCUGAGCCGGUCAGGACUCAGGACGUCAGUCCCACGGGUCAGGGGGUGGACCACCGGCAGGUACAGAGGGAGCUGGGAGAGGUGGCUGUCCAGCUUCAAGACCCCGUCAUGCUCACAACAACGUCUAUUCGAGUGUCCUGGACAGUGGACCGGCAGUCUCCGUACGUCCAGGGCUACCGGCUGUUUUACCGGCCCAGCGGGGGAACCUGGCUGCUCCAGGACAUCAACUCGCCCUCCGAGCGCAGCACCGUCCUCACCGGCCUGCUGAAAGGAACCGAGUACGAGAUUAAGAUCCGUCCGUACUUCGACGAGUUCCAGGGCAAAGACAGUCGAACUCUGCUGAUCCGGACCCGAGAAGAAGUCCCCAGUGCCCCGCCCAGAGGAGUUACAGUGGCCACAGUGAAGCUGAGCAACAGCUCCAGCAUCAGCGUCACCUGGGAGCCUCCACCCAACGACAUGCGGAACGGCCUCAUCCAGGAGUACCGGGUCUGGUGCGUGGGCAGCGGCGGCGAUAACCAGACGCGCUACUACAUCAACCGGACGGUGGACGGCACCACGCUGAGCACCACGCUGAAAGGCCUCGUCCCCGGCGUGCUGUACCAGGUGGAGGUGGCGGCGGUGACCAGCGCCGGCGUCGGCACUCACAGUCAGCCGCUGCCUGUUCUCAUCAAGCUGCCAGUGGAACAGCCAACGGCGUCAGGAGGCGGAGGCCCCAGUGACAGCAGCGAGGACGGCAGCGUCAGCCUGGCAGAGCAGAUCACUGACGUGGUCAAGCAGCCGGCCUUCAUCGCGGGUAUCGGCGGCGCCUGCUGGGUCAUCCUCAUGGGCUUCAGCCUGUGGAUCUACUGCCGCCGCAAGAAGAGGAAGGAGCUGAGCCACUACACGGCUUCCUUCGCCUACACACCAGCAGUUGGUUUCCCUCAUGCUGAGGGAUCAGGACUCACUGGAAGGCCUGGUGUGCUGGGGGGCAACAUGGGCAACUACCCAUGGCUGGCCGACUCUUGGCCCACCACCAACCUGGUCCACAGCGGCAAGGAGGCCGUCAGCUGCUGCACCACCAAUCAUAACACAGCAGAGAGAUAUUAUAACGAAGCUGGCAUCUCAAACUACCUGAAUCAGACAGAGAAGUACAGCAUGGGAGGCUCCACAGAAGGUCCCAUCUACAGCACUAUCGAUGCCACCAGUGAGGACCUGCACAGCUUCACCUACGGCCAGACGGUCUCCACAACCCCAUACGCCACCACCUCCAUCACGCCCUUUCCCAGUCAGCCACAGGGAGCGGCUUUCAGCGGCGAGCAGCAGGACGAAGCACACUGGAUCACCCAGCCAGGCCCGUCAGGAGCGCAGUAUGCCCAGCCGGACCGCUGCAGCGGGAAGCCCAAGCAGAAGGCGAUGGGGAAGGCUGUGAAGACCCCGUCUCUGACCUGGCUCGAGGCCUUGCCCCUACCUCCACCAAUAGGAGAGCUGGACCAGAGCGAGCCAGACCGCCAGCUCCCGCAGCAUGACGACAUGGACAUAGGCUCUGAUGAGGAAUGGUGUCCGCCCCUUCCGGAGAGGACUUACCUGAUGGAAGGCUGUGAAGACGGGCCUUGCAGCCCUCAAAGGAACAUCAUAUUGUCGCCUGCCACCUCCUAUAGCCAUCAGUCAACGGCAACCCUCACCCCUUCACCCCAUGAGGACGCCAGAGGCCCCAGUGACCAGCAGCUGUCACGCAGAAGGCUACCCUGCGGUCCUGUGCCAGUUCCUCAGGCGCCCAGCCCAACACUGGUCCAGUCCAGCCCCAGCCUCUGUGGCCAACAGCAGGCCGGCUCUACAGAGGUCGGCUCGCUGCCGUUCCAAAGUCCUGCCCACUGCUGCCUCCACAGCCAGGGCUCAGCAGGGAAUGACAGCAGCGCCUCCACGCCUGUGCACAGCCGCUCCUCUCCAGCAGAGAGCUGCACUCCUCCCAGCCAAAAGGCCAGAGUGAAGAAAAAGGUGUCCAAGACCUCAGCGUACAGGAGAGACAUUCAAGGAGACCUCCCCCCCCCUCCGGAGCCCCCCCCAGAGGAGAAUAGGCUGCAGGGUUCCCAGGGGUGUGCAGAGAGCAACAGCACCCUGUCUUCCCUGGAGAGGAGCGACUACAGCAGCAACAGCCACCAGCGGAAAGGUUCAGGACAGAAACAUGCUGACAAUGAAGAGGCGGUGGCAUACGGCAGUAAGAGCGGCUACCUGUCCAGGAGUCAGAUGUCCAGUAACUGCUCGACCACAGGGAGCUCCUCCUCCAGGGGCUCCACCGGCUCCCGGGGGCCAAGCUCAGCCAGGAAACACAACGAGGUAGAAACCAGGAAAUGAGAUAAGGAGUCCAGUGAAUCUGUCAGUAUACCUGUGAUGCCUCCAUCAGCCCUCCCCAUCUUUUCACCAUUGACACAACAGACUAAAGACGAGGAGACGCUCUCAGUUUUCAACAAGCUACACUUAUUGCUGUGAAAGAACAAUAACUGACUUUUGGUAUUACUAUAAUUAUUUAUGACUUUGAGUUCAUGCUUCUUCCUUAUUUUGUAAAUACCUGUCUGUACUGAAUCUUUUGUGAGCUCUGGAUACAGGAAGAGAGACGUAUAUUGUAUUUAUGAUGAUCCAAAAAAAAAGUCAAAGGAUAAAAAAACGUUUGUUAUUAUGGACAGCGUCUUCUUGAAUGUGCCAACAUUUUGUCAAUAUGUAAACUUUUAGGGAACGCAUUAACUACUGUUGCACUCUUGUUGUGAUGGAAAAACAACAGAAAAUAAGAAGCACAAAGUGUGUUUGCUGGUUGAAGAGAGAGGUUGGAAAAGCCAAAAACAACUGGGAGGGAUGCCUGUGCCCUGAGCGCAUCCCUGUCGGGUCCCUGCAUCCUAGGUGUCCAUUACGAAUGUUAUCCUUCUCUAUGAUUCCUUUGGUUUUUCUGUGCUGGCUGACUGACAGGCUUUAUGAAAGUUUGAUUGUACCCCCUCUUGUUUGCCCCUAACCCAUCCAUCCAUCCCCCUUUUUACAUGUGAGAGACCGAUUGCUGCAGUACUGAAAAUACAUUUUCAUAUUCUCCUUCUAAAACAAAAAAGUGUCUGUGGGCUUACUUUUUGUACUCUUGUUGUUUUGUAAAUGUACAAUAAAAAUACAUUUGCUGAUCAA